AUGACCAAGACUCCACUGCACGAUUCUCGUUCAAUUUACUUCACUUCAACAAUCCCUCAUGAUGGACGCCAAGAAAACGGCGCUCAAAUCAAGUACAAGGGCGAUCUGCACCGUCUGCGCGUGUACCAUACGUUGUUCUCUCUCAAGGCCAUGACGGUGCCCUUUGCCGAGACGUUAAACCCUGCGCCCGGAAGCUUUGUGGUGCAUUGCACGGACAUGGAGAGCAACUGCUUGAACGUUACGUCUCAGGACUAG